GUUGCGCCGACGUGCAUACAAUAUAAGAAUCGGUAUCUUUGCUUCCCUAUGUUAUGCUAAUUCCAUGACAUUGUUUGUGACAUCUUCACUCCUUUGAAAGGUUUUCCUUCACGAUGGUUCAGGUAAACCCAGAGCGAUUGACUGCUAAUGAGAUGAAAGAGGAAGAAUCCCUAUCCGAGGACAUGAUCGAUGAAGAAGUGAGUCCGAGGGAAGAGAUCAAGGAUAGUCCAACCAGGCUUGCAUCUCAGGAACAUUCCCGACCAGAAAGAUUUGAGGGACACAACAUGGCUCCGAAGAUUGAUGUUCCUAACGAAAGCACAGUACCUGAACAGCAAAAUGUUCCAUAUACAUCGUUCUCCAAGUGGGAGAAAAGACAUCUCGUUUUGAUAGCCACAUUCGCCACUUUUUUCUCCCCUUUUACAACUCAAAUCUAUUUCCCAGCUAUCAAUACCAUUGCUGAAGACUUGCAUGUCACUAGUAGUCAAGUGAACUUGACAGUUACAACUUACAUGAUUUUCCAAGCUAUAGCUCCGGCUUUCAUUGGUGGUUUCUCAGAUACAGCGGGUCGUCGCCCGGCUUACAUUAUCUGCUUCACUAUCUACAUCAUAUCGAACAUAGCUCUCGCUCUCCAAAACAACUAUGUCGCUCUCCUCAUUCUCCGUAUGGUGCAAUCAGCCGGUGGAUCCGGUACUGUUGCUUUAGCAAAUGCCGUAGUAGCUGACAUUGCCACUUCUGCUGAAAGAGGAAUUUACAUUGGUUAUGCAUCCAUGAUGGCUGGGUUUGCACCCGCAGUCGGUCCAAUUCUUGGCGGUAUCAUAUCCCAAUACACCAGCUGGAAAUGGAUUUUCGGAUUCCUAGCUAUCUUCUCCAUGGUAUUCUUCAUUCCUCUUCUUCUUUUCAUGCCCGAGACCUGCAGGGAAAUAGUAGGCGACGGAUCAAUACCACCACCCAAAUGGAGUCGUUCACUCACCAGCAUACGUAAAGAACGUAAAGUUUUGAAGCAGGGCAUUACUCCCGAUUACUCAAAACGAGAUGAAUUGGCCGCAGCUCAAAAACUACGCUUUCCAAAUCUAUUGGCAACAUUACAAAUAGUAGCAGAGAAAGAAGCGGCACUUUUGCUAUUUUAUGCUGGAAUUGUCUAUGCAGGUUUCUAUGCGGUCAUUUCUGGAAUGCCAUCUCAAUUCCACGACAUAUACGGCUAUGACGAUUUAAGAGUCGGUCUCAUGUACCUUCCCAUCAGUGGCGGAUGUUUCCUCGCAGCUUUCACACAGGGUAAAAUAAUCGACUGGUCCUAUUUCCGAGAAGCUCAUCGCUUAGGAAUCACAGUUGUGAAGUCCCGACAACAAGAUCUAUCUCAUUUUCCCAUUGAAAAAGCACGGUUGCAAGUAGGGUUUCCCAUGAUUUUACUUGCGAGUUUGAGUACUAUUACCUAUGGAUGGAUAAUGGAUUUCCGGGUAAAUAUUGCAGGACCUUGUGUAAUUUUAGUGGUGCUGGGUUACACGUUGAUUGCCAGUACGCAGGCUGUUAGUAUCCUGAUUGUGGAUAUCAAUCCUGGGGCUGCGGGGACGGCGACGGCAGCUUUUAAUUUAGUAAGGUGUCUCUUGGGGGCAGGAAGCACGGCUCUGAUUGUACCGAUGGUGGAUAAAAUGGGUUUGGGAUGGGCAUAUACUUUUAUUGCGUUGUUGUAUGUCGUUUUGAGUCCGAUGUUGUUUGCGGUCAUGAAAUGGGGGCCGGAUUGGAGGAGAGAGGGUAGGGAUAAACAAAGGAUUGAGGAAGAGAGAAAGAAAGAAGAAGCCGUGAGGGAUGGCCAGGCUUAGAAAGACCUCGGUGAUGGGUAAAAGGAGGCGAAAUGUUGUACUGGUGGGGUUUGAUUGACUUUGAUGCUCCGAGAAAGCUGAGCUGAAGAUGCAGAACAUUCACAAAUAGACCUUCCAUUUUCAGCCAAAACAGUACAAGUUAAGGA